AUGACUGAGGAUGCAUUCGACUGUACGCUCGAGGCUCGCAGUCUACUGAGAAACGCUGUUGAUUUGCCGCGGAAUUGCAAUGGAAGCACGGUCUUGUACGCCACCGGGAUACCGUGGCAACCUGCUGUGAAGGCUAAUCGGAACGGUGCAGAGCAUGUACGACACCGAUUGUUUCAUGAGAAUGCAAUGGGCAGCAUCCUCGGGGCUCUGCUUCUUGGUAGCAACAUCGUCAAUGCCGUACCUUUCUUCGUGUCGCGCGACGCUCCAUCCAACGACACCGCGGUGGUCAAGCAGUCCGAUCUAGGUCCAAUCCAUAUCCUCUACCAAAACGAUCUCUCCACCAACGCUUCCACCGGUGCUCUGCUCCUCCCGAACUCCGUCACCUCCUCGAAUGCAGCCCAAACCUGCGAGAAGAUCGGCGAGAAGCUGUUCCCCUUCGACCAGACCCUCCAAGGUGGAAUUGGAUCCGAUCUCGUUGACCAAUUCAACUACCUCCGCUACGCCGGAACUAUCGGUUGGUUCGACACGUUCUGGCUCGACAAUGCAGACGGUGUUGUUGCGUACAAGCCCAGUCGAGCUUCCAUCCGAGCACACGGUGAGGGAGAGAAGCUGGGUGUGCUGUGCACGCACACGGCCGAUCCGACCAUCGCACCGCGAGCCAACCCGUACGCCAACCCAGAGACGCCGGACGAUGCGAAACGAAUCUCUGUCCAAGCUGAGGAUUACACGCUGACGGGAUUUCGCGAUCGUCGAUCGUUCCGCUUCCUAGGUGUUCCUUACGGAGACGCCCCCGUGGGCAACAAACGCUUCAUGCACGCGACCCCGUACACCGGUGACAAGGUGUUGGAUGCUACCACCUACAGGAACGCUUGCGUCCAGACCACCGUUCCCAUCGGACCCAUGCCCGUGGGCGAAGACUGUUUGAACCUGAACAUCUACACUCCCACUCUCGGAUCCUACAACAAGGACCAGUUGAAACCCGUCCUAGUCGCGAUCUACGGGGGAUCCUUCACCACCGGUCGCAAUUCACUCCACUCGUACGACGGUGGUAACAUGGCUUCCCGAUCCGACGUUGUUGUCGUCACGAUUAACUACCGUCUUGGUGCACUUGGCUGGUUGGCUUCCGAGCAGGAUCUGCCUGGCAAUGCGGGGUUGAGCGAUCAGAUUCUGGCUCUGAAAUGGGUCAAGAAGCACAUCGCAGCGUUCGGAGGAGAUCCAGAGAGGAUCACGAUCGGAGGACAGUCUGCUGGUGCGCAGAGCGUUUCCGCGCUGGUGGCGAGCUCCGCGGCGAAGGGGUUGUUCAGGGCUGCGUUUAUGCUGUCGAAUCCGUGGGUGCCGUGGGUGAACCGUUCGGUGCAGAGCAAGUAUGUUGCGCCGGCAGUGGCGGCUAGCUUGAACUGCUCUACAAGUGAUGGGAGCAUGGUGGAGUGUUUGCAGGCGGUGAAGGAUCCAUUGCUUUUCGUUCAGGGUGAGGCGUUUACGAAUGCGACCAAUGCGAUCACGGUGGCGUUGACAAAGGUGGCUGGUUCGAGUCUGUUCUCGGCUUCGCUGGAACCGUUUUUGCCGACACCAGAUGGGCUGCUUGACGACCAGUUUUUCUACCUCGCGUCGAACGGGACUAUUCCGAACAACGUACCCCUGCUUCUGGGAACAACCUCGGGUGAAGGAACUCUUUUCAUCUAUUCGCUGUUCAACCAGUCCUUCCCUAACACUCAACCCGCUCUUGAUAAAGCCUUCACCUCUCUUUACCCCACCGACUUCAUCUCCACCCUCGAUAGAUCCGGAUACUUUGACCUCGACCCGUCGAGGAACGACAGCGUUCGGGAGACCGUCAGCAACGCCUUCACGUACAACUUCUUCACCUGCCCUACGCAGCGGAUCGUCAACAAGGCGAUGAAGACGAACCAGUUCCCCAAGGUGUACCUGUACGAAGCUGAUUCCGGUUACACGGAUAGCGCGGGUAUGCCUGCCAAGUGUACGCCGGAAGGAACGGGUGUCGAGGUAUGCCAUGGUGACGACAUCAAGUCGGUUUUCGGAAGCUUGAAUUACGAAGGCGUGGAGGUGUCGCAGGAGUAUCUGGACUUUGUGGCGUAUACGAGCGAUGCGUUCGGUGCGUUUGUCAGGGACGGGGAUGCGAACCCGAAAGAUGGGUAUUUGAGAGCGAGGGGUAGGGGAUAUACGUAUACUAGCAAGGUGCAGAAGUUCAACAGGUGGGAAGAGUAUCAGCAGCCGUUGCUGGAGGCGAGGGAGGAGAAGACGCAGUAUCUGUCAGCGCCGAACGGGAUCACGAGGGGUGGGGUGCCGAAGAAGGAUGUUUGUGAUUUGUUCGUCAGGGAGGGUAGGCUGACGUAUCAGCUGUUGGACAAUGCGAUCUAA